AUCCAAACCUUACUCGCGACUUACACACCCAACGGCGGGAGUCACUAACUUGUUUAAGCUUGACACCAUUCACACUGUGCCUUAGGCAGUUCUCAAAGAAGCCGCCUCUGGUGAGAGUCGAAACAUCCAUUGGCCGCUUUUACGGGAAUACCGAAUAGUCUAGGCCGGAAAGAGCCUCAGUUGCAGAACAACAUCAUAUCAUUAUUGUUCGUAGAAGAAGAGUCGAGAACUGGUGAUAGUGACCAGGGUGAUCCUGGUUGUUUCACAUCCCCACAAACCUCAAGCCACCGACAUCACUUGAUUGCAUCUCCUCUCUUGAUAUCAUCUCAACUCUCAUCAAAUAAGAGGCCAAAGACUACGAGACUGAAGACUGAGACAGACAUCCAACGAAUCAUUUCACUAUGGUUUCCUGCAACACCUGCCACAAGGAGGAACCUGCAGUUCAGCUCAAGCGGUGUGCCAAGUGUUCCACUACGCAAUACUGCUCUCGGGAAUGUCAAAAGAUCGACUGGAAAGUGCACAAGAAGAUCUGUGGCAAGCAGGCAGAUUCAGUUGCCAGUGCCAACAUCCAUGAUCCAGACGAAAUGAGCCAGUCCCCAAAGAAGGGACUGGAAAAGUCUGUUCCAAACCCCUUUACCCGUCUCGAUAACGGCACUUACUUGCACAACCGUCCUGAAAAAGACGUCUAUCGACUUCUGAUUGACACUUAUCGUCUCCGCAUGGAUGACAUGUACAACCUUGAAAGUCAAGCAGAUUCAGACAGUCUCUACGGCGGUGCUUCAAACGGACUUCGAGGUUUUCAACGCUUCUUACGACAAGCAUCAGUCCGAAGAGGGUUGCUUCCUUCAUGGUGGACACCAGAGAAGCAGCAGGAGUGUGAGCAAUUGGGAAUGGAUUCAAGUCAGUGGCAGAACUUGAAGAAGAAGACGAGUAAGCAGGAGAUCAUUGACUACUAUGGCGAUCCUCGUUUCCCUAUGCAGUUGCGUAUGGUUGGAGAGGCUGUGUAUCUAAGUGCCCCUGGAGGAGGCGAUGGUUCACAGAUGAGAAAGAUGAUGGCUGCGAUGGAGGGAGGCGGAAUGGAAGGGAUGGGGAUGAGCAUGAUGGAUGCUUCAUCGCUCCGUCGCUGAGGGUGUUGAGCACAUCUGGAUAAAAGGUUCUGCAAAAGUUGUAUAAGGAAAAACGUCUCAUUAUGUCAUAAAGUUGACCAAUAUUUAGUUCCAUGUCUAUAUUGACGGAUUGGUGCCCAGAACACAUCCUAAAACCCUUGAAGAGUCAAACAUUCAAAGUCAAAAGAUGUUCUCCAUCCAUAGACCCUUGGACGUCCCAACUGAGUCCAGUCCGCUGCGAGUUCCAGCUCCGGGACACGAUCAAACCGCGGUCCAAAAACGACGUUAUCCGACUCCAUCACGACAGCUAUUCUGGCCAGGUUUUUCCCAGAGUGGCUGGGGUUGUUGCAGUCCCUCGCGAUGAUGACUCUUUGAGUCUGAAGUCUCCCAAAGUAGGGGAUCACUGCUUCAUACGCUCCACACCAGAUAUAAUCCUUUUCGCUUGCGCAAAACAGAAUCUUGAGGACGAGGCAAGCCUGCUUGGCAAACAUAUCGUCAUAUACCUUGGUCGUCUCCUGGAACCUGUCUGCCAGCUCGUCUAUCAUCUUCCAGAGAGGUUUGCUCUCUUCUUCCGGCAUGGGGUUUGCCCUGUGUUUAAUGACAGCAAUCAUAAGAAGCGCAGCCUUAAAAGCAAGGAAAUCCACAAAGUCAGCCCUCACCACCGUCUCCUGCUCGAGUUCCGGGGCUCUCAUGGCUUCUUGCGCUUUUAUGAUCUCCUGUGCUGAUGCUAGGAUCGCCUUCCUUGCCGGCUCAAAGUCCUCAACUUUCCCAGGAUUCAUGUUUGACAGUUGACAUUUGGGCCAGUUCAGCAUGAGCUCAAACGAGUGAUACAGGAUCUUGAUUUUGGCUCGGAUGAAGGCCUGCGGAAGAUAGGGGACAUACUUCAGGUGUCCUCUCGUCCAAUCCUCCGGGAUCAUGUAGUUCAAUUCCUUCAGCUCUUCAAGGGUACGUGUGAUGGUUGCACUAGUAGUGUCUUCUUUCAUCAGGGUUUGGCUUGUAAGAAGACCUGAUAGCAUGGCUAUCUGGCGAACAGCCUGCUUUUCUGCGAGGGGGUAUUUUUCCUCAAAAAUCCUGGGCCCCAGUUGCGCGGGGACUGCAUGAGGCAUUCCGAGGAAGAGUGAAAGCUGUCGGUCUUGAAUCCACAACUCUUCCCAAAUGGCUCGAUGCAGGCUAGACCGGCCCUGGUGUACCCCCAGGAGCAUGGAGUUCUCAAUGGCAGUCCUGAUGCACUUCCAUGCCUUCGUCGGGCGACCUAUGGCGAGGGAUAGCUCGCCUUGGAGGAGAAGGGCCUGGACAAAGUCGAUAUUGCAGACCGGUGUUGAGCUGAUUCUAUACAGAGAUUCAACUUUGUCGAUACAAUUGGAAAUAAGUAGCAUUGGCUCAAAGGGUGCUGGUGCUCGAUUGUCGGCGUAUUUGAACUUCAUCGGUAGCUCCUUGAUAGAGAGGCAGAGCCAGACUAUACAUUUUGCGACAGCGCCAGGUUCUGGUGGUUUUUGGCGGUUUGGGGACAAUGACUUCUCAAUGAACGCUAAAGCUGACUCGACGUCUGUUGGAAAUCCAGCAUCAAGCACGGUAACUGUGUUGACAGCGGCAGAGUCAUCGUCUUGCUGCUCGUAUUGGUGUGACACCGUUGCUAGAGGCCAGCUCGCCCAAUUCUGGGUGAACCUGCUACUGUGGUGCAGAAUCCUGGUCAGAACCGACUGGUCGGGUACAAGCCCCUGAAGUGAUGCCGUCAAACGCGUGUGUGGUGUCUGCGUUAUCUGUGAUGUAAAGAUGGUUAGACUACUUAAGCCAUCAUGACCUUCAGAGCCUCCAAAGUGAUACCAACCUCGAAUGGUUCGCUCACAGCCCGGUAGCUUGGCGCGCUUUUGUGGUCAACCCGGUUGCUACUAGUAGCUUGAGCGUCAAGUCUGCGAGCCAAGAGUUCGAUUGCAGUCUGCAGAAGAAUCAUUCGUGACUCAACUUUUCUGGCAAACCGCGAGAACUCUUGAGGCAUGUCAUCUCUGCCUUCGGGGGAUGAGUCGUCAUUCUGCGGCUGGCAGGUGAGGGAGUGUUUGCUGCACUCCUGACACUCAGCCUUGUCGCCGUCGAACACACACUUUACUCUUCGAAAACAACAUUCGGCACAGCUCUUCGAACCGGACCGCUCUCGGGUUGGUAGAUUCUCCAUGAGGAUUGACCAUGCAAGUUUUGUCAAGGAAAAGAACAGAGGUGAGGGAGAAGAAGAGAAAGUGAGGCGGGCACUUCAGCCUACUUGUACGCAGGUGAUUCGUGGCGUUUCUUGCUUAUCUCAACAACAUGUAUGUCUCAGUUUUAUGACGAAACCUGUUGUAAUGCAACGCAUCUGUUGAGUGAGAGAAGAGGAAAUAUUCGUGUUGGUUGUUCGGAAUCGGGCCAAAAGGUCCUAAACAUCACGGGUGGCCGCAGGUGGUUGCAGAUGAGCACGAAUAUUGCCGUGAACCCAUCCCCGACCGCCGAGAAUGAAUUCUUAGACAAAAAGCCACUUGGGUACGAUUGUACGAAGCUACGGGUAUUAAUUCCGUUUUUGCUUUUUUCGGAUUUCAAGGGGUAAUUGAUGUUUGAGGCAAGCUCACGGUGCAGCCUUAUUUGCUCCGAUAUUGAGGUUGAUGAUUCCAGAGACGCUGGGUUACACAACACAGUACGAUGUCACACAUGAUUCCCUUCUUGACUAAGCUGUGUAUACACUGUCUUAGACUGUAUAGAACCG